CGCCCCUUCGUUCCCGGAAGUGGAGGGAGCGGCGUUGCCAUGGCGGCGUCUCUGGGACAGGUGCUGGCUCUGGUGCUGGUGGCCGCCUUGUGGGGUGGCACACAGCCGCUGCUGAAGCGGGCCUCCUCCCGCCUGCAGCAGGUUCAUGAGCGGACCUGGGCCCGGCAGUUGCUGCAGGAGAUGAAGACCCUCUUCUUGGAUACUGAGUACAUGAUGCCCUUUUUCCUCAACCAGUGUGGCUCCCUUCUCUACUACCUCACCCUGGCAUCAACAGAUCUGACCCUAGCUGUGCCCAUCAGUAACUCUCUGGCCAUCGUCUUCACACUGAUUGUCGGGAAGGUCCUCGGAGAAGAUAUUGGUGGAAAAGGCACAGAGCCUCGUCCACCAUCUGCGCUGCCCUCUGGAGGAGGCGGAAGGCCGUACAGAACAGAGCAUUAGUGUCCCUUGUCGCCUCCAGCCCUCAGCUGAAGUUUCUGACCACAGGAAAGGAAGAGACUUUACAAAUUUGGCUCUGCCCUCUCAUUUAACAAGGCCAAGCUUGAAUGCCCCUGGUGCCUGUGGGAGCUGGGGAGAGAUGCCAUCCGUCUUCACAGCCUGCAUCCUCCCUCCCGGCUCCCUCUUCCCAUCAGGCUGCCUUAUCCGGGGACAGAGCCGCUGGUGCCUGGCACUCAAGAGGCCCAGUGAAGCCAGGCCGUGUCCUCCGACCCCCACCCAGUGCUCGCUGGCUCAUCUCUUGGGAAGGCUCAGGCCUGGGAUCAGCUGGGGAGCUGGACCCCGCUACGCCAAAGAGGCCAGUUCUCUCCCCCAGCGGCCCGCUCGGCCAGCAGAGUCCGCAGGUGUUCGUUGAGCCAGGCUGAGCUGUCUCUAGCUUCUGGUCUGGCCCUUGCCACUCAAGACCUGUGUCCCCCUGAGCAGCUGACUUCACUCUGGGGAACCUGAGUGCCUCCUCUGGGAAAUGGGAAAUGGUAACCUGUGUUCCACAAGAGGAUGCAGUGCGAUGUGGAGAGAGCCUGAGCUGGAAGAGAGGCCAGCCAGUCACCCCCCUCCUUGCCUGCCUCCCAUGGCCUCCCCCGUCACCUACCCGCGGCUUGUGGGGCUUAGACUUUGGGUCUGGGGGGUGCCUGCAAUGAAAACAAAGGGUUUAUAGCAAGUAGGCAGAGCAGGCAUGGGAUCAGGGUGGUUUCCUCUGCUCUACCCUGCCGCCUCGCCACCUGACCCGUCCGUACCAGCAGCCCCUGGGCGGUGAGGGGCUGGGCACCAGCAGCUCCACAUAAGGGAGGGCCUGGAACUCCUCCUCUCCGACCGCCACAUAAUAAUGGCCGUUCACCAGAGCCUCUCUUGCUGACAGUGGGAGCCCCUCCAGGCUGCAGAGUCUGGGAGAGAAAGGUAGGUGGUAAAGGCCAGCGGACAAGAUGCCUCUUCACACUCGGCAGACUAUGACGGGGUACGCGCUGGCCGCUGACCCUCCGAGCACCUGGGCCAGUCACCUCGGCUCUGCCCUGGCUCCAGGGGCUCAGCUGCGGGGGCCUCUCCCUGUGGCGUAGAAGGAAGUCCCAUUUGGGGAGACGUGCUUUCCUUUCACCUUGUUGUCCGCUAGGACAGCCGGGACCGGCAGGGAGGCUCCCUCCCCGGGGCCCACACUCACUUGCACACAGCCCCAGCCUGCAGUUUGGCCUUCUCAGUCAGGAGCUUCAGCACGGUUUCCCAGUCCUCGCCAGCAGCCUGGGACAGCUUCAGGCUAAAUGGCGGACUUACCAGGUCCCCAUUCCUGAACACACUGGGACAAAGAGCAGCCUGGUAAGGAGAGGGGUCCCCAGAAUGCCCCACACGUGAGAGGAAGAAGGGCAGCACGGGGCCGGAAGAUGGUCUACAAACCAGGGCACUGGUCCGUUUUCACCCAUCAGGCCUGUUGGGACCAGGGGCUCUGGAAACAAACCCACCCACAUUUUCUUGGUCUCACUGAAACAAAAUCUAUGCUCCUGCUCCCCGACAUCGGCACUCACUGGAUGUAGCAGGGGGAACCUGCAGGUGGUCGCGGUCCAAGGGUCCUGUCACCUGGGUGGUGAGUCACAGGAGGACCCUGAAACCCAAGGCAGGCCCUCAGAUCAGGAGAGAGUUGAGGACUUUGGCUAGGGGUGGGUCAGUCCAAGGUGGGUAGGGUGAGUGAAGGAGGGGGCAAGGAGGGAUGGGAUGGGUCACACCUUUCACCAAAGGAACAUUCUACCUCCCCGUAGUCACAUUCCAACCACUACCUUGCCCCCGUGUGUUUUACAGGUUCCUCUUUCCAUUGGGGACCACAACCUGGUGAUAAAGGCUGGGCGAGGAGUAAGGCAUAGUCUUGAAACCCUGUACCCCAGGAAGGGUAGCAGCUGGCUCCAGAGUGGAUGUGGAGAGUAGCCCCCAGGGACCUGACAGAUCCUGUUAUUUCCAGAGCCCCUGAUUUCCCAGAUGAAACUGGGGGCAAUCCCAAUAGGGGUGAGAAGACAGGGCUGGAGGCCAGCCUCCCCCAGGACUCACUGGUAGUCUGCUGCCCUUCCCACCUGGAUCCUUCCGUCUGGGGGAUAAAUAGCUGAAAGGACAGAUGGGUCACAAGUCAUCUUGGGAAGCCUGAGACCUCAACACCCUGGUAGCUGCCAGAGUGAGGGUCUAGGGCUACAGCUUACCAGGGAUCCAUCCCCACCGGGACAGUCUCAAGACAUCUGUGCAGAAACAGACGCUGGCCCUUGAACCUACCCUAGGGCCCAGCGUCAGGCUGACCAUCUGGACUGGGGGCUCAGACACAAACCAUUAAAGGUCAAGAGAAACUAGUUCAUUAAGCGUCAUACUCUAUCUCAGAAAUUUUCUCAUUCACGAGCUUUCAUCUCAUUUUCUGUGACAGAGAAAGUUACGUGACCUACAGUAACACGGAAGUAAGUGACAGCCCAGAUUCUAAGUCUGUCUGGCUUCCCACCCCUUGCUCCUUACGCUACCAUAAGCAACCCCAGGGGACAGCUGAGUAGCACCUAGAAGUCAGAUCUGAGUUGGGAGCUCAGAUAUUUAAAUUCUUCUCCCAUCUUGGAAGGCAUGGCCCCACCCUACAAAUGGGGAUGACCCCAGCCCGUGGAGAGCACAGGAUGCCUAAUCACAGCAGGGAGGAAGCGAUGGAUGGAUUUAGCAUUUGGUGAUGGUGGUGGUAGCGGAUCCAAUCAAGAAGAGCCUUUGGAAAAAGGGGCUCCAGCUGCUUGAGAACGUUCUCCUCGAAGCCUGGUCCUGACUGUGAUGGGCAUGAACAUCAGUGUCAUACUUGGCCUAGGGCUGUGGCUUCGCUGUUUGUAACCUGCGUACUCUGAGGCAUCUGAAGAGCGGGGAGAAGACCCCCCCUGCGUCGGGCUGCUGUAUCCCAGAAGAGAACACACACGCACAGCAAGCACUGAACACGAAUACUAUCGCUCUUGCAGGUCCCUCCCUCCCGCGGCUCUAACCAGCCCCGGCCCACUCACUGCAGCUUGCGGAAUCUUUCGAAGCCAGCAGCCACAUACUGCCCUCCAUUCUGCAAGUCGGCCAGGUCUGUGACAGGGUGGCCACCACGAGGCGUAUAGAGGGCCCGCACAGCCACUGGGGCCUGCACAGUCGAGGUCACCUCACGGAGGAAGGUCUCCAGGGUGGGGAAGCGGCGUUGGCUCACCACCAGCUGGCGGCCUGGGGAGAAGGGGUCCCCGUUCCGGUAUACCACCACCCUCUUGGCUGCUGGAUUGCCACCACCGGCCAUCGUGUGUCCUCAGCGAGAGACGCAGAGCCGUUGCCAGGCAACUAAGGCAGGCUGGGAGCAGGGCCGGUCAGAGGUGGAGUCCUGCCCCCUCACCAAGGAAGGUGGGAGAGACUGCAGGGCCUUCAGGGUCUCAUCCAGCCGACCCUUGGUGGGGCCUCGUGAGAGUUGGGCGGGUCUGAUCACUAUCCUGGAAGGAAGACCCUGGGCCUCAGUGAGAGAGAGGCAGUGGUGGGGAACACACCGAAGCACAGAUGUUCUAAUACUGGAGAGAGGGAAGAAUCCGCAGAGGCUCCCUGCCACCGUGCAGCCCAAGGGCUGAGCUCAAAAGACGAUCAGCUUUGGGGACUGCUCCCAAGGAUGGCCCAUCUGCUCCUGGACUGUGGCUCCCAGCCAGCCCUGGGGAAGGUGCCCCAUGCCAGCAGGAAAGGAACAGGAGGGCCCAGUGUCUAUCCUGGACAGAGGCAGAAGAUGAAUGCAACCACGUGCAGAAUCCAUGAAAAAUGUUUAUUCUCCAUCAGGCUCCCCACUAUACUUAUCCCAGGAAACUCCCUAUCCCAAAAUUUGGAUUAAACCACAGGCAGAGGA